CUAGGCGAACGCAAGUGCAAGUGGCUUUGCUCCAAAUUCAAAUUGACAAAUUUUAUUUGUAGGACAACAUGACCAUACUCCGUUACUAUGACGCGCAGGCGUUCGAUGCCGCCGAGGAGCAGCGCGUGCUGCAGCGUCUGAAGGCGUCGAAUCAGCAGCUGGUGUCAGUGCGCAUGGAGCGUUGCUAUCAUCUAGAGUACACGAAGCAGCAAAAGCAUGAGCUGUCCUUGGAACAGCUUAUGCGCUGGCUUAUCAAGCAGCCGCUGCAAACGGUUGACAGUUUGGGUGAGCGUCCCACAUUGCAGGCGCAGCAAGCGAAUCAGCUGCUGCUGGAGAUUGGACCACGCUUUAAUUUCUCCACGGCGUACUCAACCAACUGCGUUAAUAUAUUUCAAAACCUGGGCUACAGCGAGGUGCGACGCAUGGAGAGCUCAACGCGUUACCUGCUGAGCUUUGCAGGCAAUAAGCUGCCGUCUGGAGUGGAGCUCACUCAGUAUGCCACACAGCUUGGAGAUCGCAUGACCGAGUGCCCGUAUACGGCGGAGAAUACGCCCGUAGAAAGCUUUGAUGAGCAGCUGCCAUUGCAGCAGGCUGCCUGGCACUAUGUUCCAGUGCUGGAGCAAGGACGCUCAGCGCUGGAGCGUAUCAAUACCGAACUAGGCUUGGCCUUCACCGAAUUUGACUUGGACUAUUAUUACGAGCUGUUUGCCCAAACCUUGAAGCGUAAUCCCACUACGGUGGAGCUUUUCGACUGCGCUCAGAGCAACAGCGAGCAUUCCAGGCAUUGGUUCUUCCGCGGACGCAUGAUCCACGAUGGCAAGGAGCUGCCCAAGUCUCUCAUCAAGCUUAUCAUGGACACGCAAGCAAAUACAAAUCCAAAUAAUACAAUUAAAUUUAGUGAUAACAGCAGCGCCAUUGUGGGCUUUGAGCAUGAUGCUCUGCAGCCAAGUGUGGUGGGUGCGCCAAGCAAAAUGGAACUGCAGCGCAUGCAGUCGGAUCUUAUCUUUACUGCAGAGACGCAUAAUAUGCCCACAGCAGUGGCACCUUUCAGUGGUGCCACCACCGGCACGGGCGGCAGACUGCGCGAUGUCCAGGGCGUGGGCAGAGGUGGUCUGCCCAUAGCAGGCACAGCCGGCUACUGCGUGGGCGCGCUGCAUAUUCCAGGCUAUGCUCAGCCCUAUGAGCCCACUGGACUCAAGUAUCCCAGCUCAUUUGCGCCGCCGCUUCAAGUGCUCAUAGAGGCUAGCAAUGGCGCCUCCGAUUAUGGCAACAAAUUUGGUGAGCCGCUCAUAGCUGGCUUCACUGUAUCCUAUGGACUGCCCAAUGCUGCCGCUCCAAGCCAGCGUGAGGAGUUUGUCAAGCCUAUAAUGUUUAGCGGCGGCAUGGGCACAAUGCCAGCCAACAUGCGACAGAAGUUGGAUCCGCAACGUGGUCAGCUGCUAGCCAAGAUUGGUGGACCUGUUUAUCGCAUUGGCGUGGGCGGCGGUGCAGCCAGUUCGGUGGAAGUGCAGGGCUCUGGCGAUGCGGAGCUUGAUUUCAAUGCUGUACAGCGUGGUGAUGCCGAAAUGGAAAACAAACUGAAUCGCGUAGUGCGCGCCUGCUUGGAGUUGGGCGAUCGUAAUCCCAUAUUGGCUAUUCACGAUCAAGGCGCUGGCGGCAAUGGCAAUGUGCUGAAGGAGCUAGUCGAGCCGGGUUUUGCGGGUGCCAUAAUAUUCUCCAAGGAGUUUCAGCUGGGUGAUCCAACUAUAACUGCGCUGGAACUUUGGGGCGCCGAGUAUCAAGAAAACAAUGCCAUACUUUGUCAUCCGGAUCAGCGUGCGCUGCUGGAACGCAUUUGUGCACGUGAACGUUGCCCCAUUAGCUUUGUGGGCGUGGUUACUGGUGAUGGCAAGGUCACACUAGUGGAACAAGCAGCGCCAACAAAUAUGGCGCAAGCCCUGGAGCCACAAACACGUGCAAGUUAUGGACCUGCACCCUUUGAUUUGGAGUUGUGUCAUGUGCUGGGUGAUAUGCCCAAGCGCAGCUAUGUGCUAGAUGCCAUGCCUAAUCCGCUAAAGCAACUGCAGCUACCCAAGGCCUUGCAGUUAACUGAGGCUCUGGAGCGCGUGCUCAGUCUCGUAGCCGUGGGCAGCAAACGUUUCCUCACCAACAAGGUGGAUCGCUGUGUCAGCGGUUUGAUUGCCCAGCAGCAGUGUGUGGGUCCAUUGCAGGCGCCACUGUCGGAUUACGCGCUGACCACAGUGUCGCACUUUAGUCAUGCAGGCAUUGCUAGCUCCAUAGGCACGCAGCCCAUCAAAGGUCUGCUUAGUCCAGUGGCCAUGGCUCACAUGUGCGUUGCCGAAGCGCUGAGCAAUCUGGUCUUUGUCAAGAUUAGCGCGCUGGCGGACAUCAAGUGCUCAGGCAAUUGGAUGUGGGCAGCCAAACUGCCAGGCGAGGGCUACAAAAUGUAUGAAGCUUGCCAAGCGCUGAGUGAUCUUUUGCUGAAACUGCGCAUAGGCAUUGAUGGUGGCAAGGAUUCGCUGUCGAUGGCUGCCAAGCUGGAUGGUGAAGUCAUCAAGUCACCAGGCACGCUUGUGCUGUCCACCUAUGCACCCUGUCCGGAUGUGCGCGUGCGCGUUACUCCAGACCUAAAGGGACCAGCACUUGGUCGUGCAACUGCGCUGCUUUGGAUUACUACAGAGCGCAGUGCGCGCCUGGGUGGCUCAUCAUUGGCACAAGCUUAUGCUCAACAGGGCGAUUGCGUGCCGCAGCUGGAUCAGCCGCAGUUGCUGGUUAAGGCUUUCGAGUUGACGCAGCAGCUGUUGGCUGAAGGUUGCCUGCAUGCUGGACAUGAUGUGAGUGAUGGUGGCUUGCUAGUCUGCCUGCUAGAAAUGGCUAUAGGCGGUCUAAGUGGUCUGGAGCUGCAGCUGGAGCAGGCGCUGGCGGGCAUAGACAACUACGAUGCUUGCAGCAAGCAAGUGGCUUGGAUUGGUCGCGAUGUGGCGUUGCUUUUUGCUGAGGAGUGCGGCUGGGUGCUGGAGCUGGACCACGACAAGCUGCAGCAAGUGCGUGCGCGCUUUGAAAAAGCAGGCGUGCCAAAUUAUUAUUUGGGCCAGAGCGUCGGCUAUGGCUUGGACAAGGCACAGGUGCAUAUCAAGCGUGGCGCCGAAGUGCUGCUUAAUGAAUCUCUGCGCAAGCUCUACAAGCAAUGGGAACGCACCAGCUUUGAGCUGGAGAAGCUGCAGGCUUAUGUCGAAUGCGCGCAGUCUGAAUUUGACAGCCUGGACUAUCGUCAAGCGCCGCAGUACAAGAUGCCAGCGAAUCUUGAGGCGGAGCUCAAGCUGACACGCUGCUCCCAGACCAUACGCGUCGCUGUGCUGCGCGAGGAAGGCGUCAAUAGCGAACGCGAGAUGAUGGCCUGUCUGCUGCGCGCCAACUUCGAAGUGCAUGAUGUUACCAUGUCGGAUCUGCUAGCGGGCAGCACAACGUUGUCACAAUAUCGUGGGCUCAUCUUUCCGGGUGGCUUCAGCUAUGCUGACACCUUGGGCUCUGCCAAGGGCUGGGCUGCAAAUAUUUUGCACAGCAAACUGUUGCAGCCACAAUUUGAGGCAUUCAAGCAUCGGCAGGAUGUGUUCUCCUUGGGCAUUUGCAAUGGUUGCCAGCUAAUGACAAUGAUUGGCUUUGUGGGCAGCAGCAAGCAGCAUGAUUCGACGCCAUUGCAUCCGGAGUUGGCCUUGCUGCAUAAUCGCUCACAGCGCUUUGAGUGCCGCUGGUCUACGCUUAAGAUACCACCAAAUCGUUCUAUAAUGAUGCAGUCCAUGGAACAUCUGGUUCUGGGCUGUUGGGUAGCUCAUGGCGAGGGGCGCUUUGCUUUCCAGCACGAACAGCUGCUUGGCCAGCUGCAGGAGGAGCAAUUGAUUACGCUGCAGUAUGUCGAUGAUGCCGGCGUGCCCACCGAACUCUAUCCCAUGAAUCCCAAUGGCAGUCCCAAAGGCAUUGCAGGUCUCUGCUCAGCGGAUGGACGCCAUUUGGCGCUAAUGCCGCAUCCCGAGCGCUGUGGUGCCAUGUACCAGUGGCCUUAUGUGCCACCUGGUUACGUUGUGCCCAAAACUCUUGUCGAGAGUCCUUGGCAGCUCAUGUUUAACAACGCCUACAAAUGGUGUGCCAAACAAUCGAAAUAAUUUCCAACUGACUUCCUUAUUGCAUUCCUAGUAUACGCAACCCUUUUUUACUUUCCACUAAACAUUUUUUUACAUUUUUCGAAUUUAAAUUUAUAUACGA